AACAUUCGUUUGUAACAGUGUUUCGCUUGCUUCACCUAGUAGUGGUUCCCUUAAGUGUUAAUCAUAGAAUACGGUUUCAAACAAUGCCUGUGUUGUGCGAAAUAUUUCUGGACAAGACGAGAGAUGGUGUGCAUAGAUCUGGGGAACCAGUUAGAGGUACAAUGGUCUACUCUGUGGAUAAACCAACCAAGUUCGAAAGUAUCUACAUGAGCUUCGUGGGCAAAGGAAAGUGUAGAUGGUCAGAAUCAGACGGUGAUGAUAACAGAUAUUAUGAAAAUAAAGAAGAAUACGUAAACCAGUCUUGCAAUGUGCUGCAUUCAAGAAGUGAUAACAAGAUACCAGCAGGCAGAUACGAGUUCCCAUUUCAAUUCUUCCUACCACAUGAGAUACCGGCUUCAUUCAAAAACAGAACCUGCUGUAUACAAUACAAAAUUACAGCAGAAUUUGUAAAGGCCAAGUUCUUUAACGCGACAAGCAAAUUUGUUAAAGAAGUGCCCGUGUAUGCUUACGUGAGCCGAACUAGUGUAGAACCACUGCAUUUUGGUUUGCAUAAAGACUUAUUCUCCUUAACAUCAAACCAGAAAGUGAUAGUCAAAGCAGUUUUAGACAAAACUAUUGCGGCUCCAGGUGAAAAUUUUACUAUAAAACUCACAAUAAACAACGAUUCAGGAUUGAAUGUAAUUAUAAAAACUAAAUUAUACAGGUGUUUUACUUAUAUAUCAAGUUCUAAAAGUAAAAAGGUUGAGAAGGAAGCAGUUAAAGAUACAGCUUCAGCCACAACGAUUAAGGAGCGUAGUGUAUCAAACUUGAUGUUCACUGUACCUGUAUUGCCGAGUUUGUAUUCCAUACAGCAUACGAAAAUAAUGACUGGAGAGUACAAAGUGAGAGUGAAAAUUGACUUGCCCUUUCCUCACUUCAAUGAGGAAGUAGAAGUACCAGUAGCUAUUGGUGAAAGAAGAGAUAGACUUGGACUUGAUGACCUGGUUCUUGAUGAACAACCUUCGUCUUCAAAAGAACAUAUAGGAGAAAAGAAAUAUGAUGAGAAUUGGGUUAACUUACGAGUUAGUUGAAGAUUGGAUUAUAACAAUUCUAAUAUUGUUGACAUUGUUAAUGUAAUCAAUCAUACGUGAAUAUCGUUAUUGAAGAAAGCUAAUGGUGUAUUCUUAGUUUUAGAAAUACAUUGGACACUGAUUAAUUCAAACUUUCGAUAAUUCGAACCUCUCUAAAAUUCGAAGUUAUUACUACAAAUUACACUUGGUAAUUUGAUAGAAAAAAUAAAUUCUACAUUACCAAAUGACUCGUCAAUUUGAACUUAUUGGCAUUAUAAACUCUCGACAGUUCGAGUUGUAUAGAGAAAGGGAUAAAAUGGUCUUGAAACUUGCAGUGGUCAGUACCGACAUUUUGAAGCAAAUUUAAAUUUCGGACAAUUUGAGUUUUCGAACUUUCGGUAAUGCGAAAUAUUUAAAGAACGCUCCAGUUUCGAAUUAAUGAAAGUCGACUAUUGCACUUAGAAUUUGUUAUAGUAAUGUUAAUUAAACAAUGUAAUGAUGAGUAAAUUGUUCUACACAAUAAAAAAUGGACGUAGAUUUUUUUCUUCUGUCAAAUUAAGAAGAAUAUAAUUGUACUAUUAAUUAUUCAAAUGUUAUGCUGCUAGUCUCUAAUUGACGUUUUUAUGUUACGUUCAAUACAUACCUAUAAAUAUUUUAAGUAUUUUUUAUAAUUUAUGUAAAAUUAAAUAUCUUGAAACCAAAUACUAUUUUAUUUAUUAUUUUCUGCGGUUUUACCAGCUCUGCUUGGUUCCUAUUGGCCGUAGCAUAAUGUUUUAAACCUUGAGAUUCCUAGGAAUCUUGAUAAACCAGUAUAAAUGAUGCAACUACUUAUUGUCUCAUAGUACAUAUUAUCCUUAUUGGUUACACCCACAUUUGUCACAAUCAUUGGUACUUUACAUUAUAUUAUUCAUGUCUAUAUACUAAUAAACGUACCUACCUAUAAAUCUGAAGUUUGUUUGAACGCACUAAUAUCCAGAACUACAUACACCUUUAGAUUUGGCAAAAAUCCUCAACAAUCAUGAGACCCUAGUACUAACAGU